AUGGUCAAUGCACUCGUCUUCUCCGCGGCGCUCGCAGCCGCUUCCAUUGCCACUGUCGCCCAGGCUGCCAGCCUCAAGCAGGAUCCCCUCUUUGGCUGUGUCUCCCAGGCUUCCGGAACUCUGAGUCUCGGAACUCCUGACGACAGCGAUGCCAUCCCUGCCGGCUUCGUCGCUGGUCGCACAGGCAAGUCCAGGAUUACAGGCACGUCCGGAAACUCUGUUCUCUCCACCACUCGUACCAACGGCGACGCUGUGUCCGCGCAAGAUUUUGAGUUCCUUAACUGCACCCAAAGCCUAAUCGACCGUGGCUACGCCCUCCGAGUGCCCAACAGCUUCGCCAACCUGACCACUGAAGAUACCACUUUCACCUACUCGUGGGGCGUCCUGCGAAGCAGCGGCUCCACCCAGCACUCUCUGUCGUCCAAGACUGCCCAGGACAGCAACGGCAGGCUCGACGGCGCCGCUCUUCUUAACACUAAGGUUUCUGAGACUCCCGUCGAAUACCGAACCUUCAUUAUGGCCACUAUCGACAACUCUACACCUAAAUUCCUCGAGUACUACCCCUUUGCCGGCACCAAGAAGGCACCCAAGGCUGGUGUCUUCUACCCCAUCGAUGACAAGUGGGGAACUGUCGGCAUUGCCACCAACAUGACCAAGCACGACGGCUCCGCCUACCUCACACUCUCCACGUCCGGCUAA